CAUUGUUGAGUUAUUUAUAGAACAGCAGCCCGAUGUGUCUGGCAGAGCAGUUGUAUGGAUGAAUCCAUCUUAUUUCGACCGUGGAUCGAUCUCCAUCGCUGAUGAUUGUUGCGUGGACGUAGUUAUUCUGUAACAACACAAAGAUGGUCAAUGAGGGUCCUGAGUUUUGAACUCACGAUUGAUCUCUUACUAAGCGAACGCGCAACCAAUGUGGCUACGGAGACCCCCUUUUUUAUAUGUUUGUAACAUGUUUGUCUGUAGCGCAUUACCACAUCGAUAGAAAUUUGUUGACUUCCUGUUCCAAGAUGACCCAACUCUUUCCGUCCGAGCCGAUGAGGUUCACUUUGGUCUCAUCCGACCACAGCAUAUUUCUCCAUAGUUUCUCCUUUUCCGGGUCCAUCGCCCACUCGGCUGUGCGUAUAUGCCCCAGUAUACAAAUAAAACAUUCAAACAUGGAGGAGGUAACAUCAUGGUGUGGGGGUGCUUUUCUUGGUACGGGGUGGGUCCCUUGUACUGGAUCGACCGGAUUAUGGACCAGCAUCUCUACGCCCAGAUACUUCGGGAAGUAAUGCUGCCACACGCCGAGUGGGAGAUGCCCCUAAAGUGGCAGUUCCAGCAGGACAACGACCCCAAACAUACCGCUAAAACGGUUAAAAAGUGGUUCCAGGAUAAUAAGGUAGACGUUAUGGAGUGGCCAGCACAGUCCCCUGAUCUCAAUCCUAUAGAGAACCUAUGGGAAAUAGUUAAACGUAAGGUGUACACCGAAAAAUCAAAAAACAAGCAGCAGCUGUGGGAGAGAAUCCAGGCGGUGUGGUACGCUAUCCCGCUGAGAACGUGCCAAAAGCUGGUGGAGUCGAUGCCGAACCGGGUGCGAGAAGUGAUGCGUAAUAAGGGUUAUACCACCAAGUACUAACCCUGCAAAUCGAUCACGGUGUCCCGUUUUUAUUCCGGAACUAUUUGGUCAACCUAGUAAUGAGAAACUAUUUCUUGUGACCAAUGUAGCUUUUGCUCCAACGUAUGCAAUGAAAAAUUCCAUCAUGUGAUAGUCCCCUCUCAUCAAGAGCAGAAGCUCAAAACUAUCCUACAGAAGUUGAACAGUUCAACUUCACAGUUGAGCAGUUAUCCUACAUGCGACGGAUGUCGUCAAGAAUUCAUAACCGUCCACAACAUUCCCGAGAGCUACUUCCAAAUUUUGACCAUCACCGAACCGACUGAAAUCAAGAUGGAUCCAGAGCUAAUGAUUGAUGACCACGAGCGGCCGGAUAAUGGAAACAUUUUUGAAAGAGACUCAAUAGUGGAUUUUAGGCCGAUCGCACAGGAUAAUGAAAUGCAAAUCAAUAGAGAAAACGGAGAAGUUUUCUUCAUCAGAGAGAUGGACGAAGAUGACCAUUUGUUAUUGAUUCCAAAUGCUGGAACAAAUACACAAAGAACAGUUGAAUUGGAUGUUUCACAGAGGGGAGUUCACUCAACUCCAGUAGGUCCUAAAUGUAGGAAUGGCUCGGUGGAAGAAGGAGGGAAACCGUUUAAGUGUGAAAAUUGUGGAAAAACAUUUGCUUUUAAACACAGACUAAAAGUGCAUGUUCGAACACAUACGGAUGAGCGUCCUUAUUCUUGUCCACAUUGUCCAAACGCAUUUAGGAAUCCUUCAACGCUACAAGGACACCUUCGAUCCCAUUCGGGAGAAAAACCGUUCAAAUGUGUAGAGUGUGAAAAAACAUUCAGCCGAAAAUACGAACUCAAACGGCACGUUCGAACUCAUACAGGAGAGCGUCCAUAUCCUUGUCCACAUUGUCAGAGCGCAUUCAGAGAAUCCGCAACGCUUCGAUUGCACAUUCGAACUCAUACGGGCGAACGUCCCUAUUCUUGCCCACAUUGUCCGAAUGCUUUUAAGCAACUUUCAACGCUCCAAGACCACGUUCGAACUCAUACGGGCGAACGUCCCUAUGCUUGUCUACAUUGUGCGAAAGCGUUUAAGCAACACGCAACGCUCCAAAGACACCUUCUUCGUCGGCACAGCAAAAUCAAGUUGAAUCGCAACUUGCCGUGCCAUUUGAGCAGUAAGAACGAUCAGUCCGAUGAAGAUACAGAUGGCUCAGGGCAGGAACCACAGUUGACCAUGUAGCUGAUUGCUGAAGAACCUCUUCGUCACUGAAAAUAAUUUUGCCAAAUAGUGAUCGUAUUAAUUGUAAUUGUAAAUUGCAAAAAUAUUACGUUUUUAAUUAAUACUUUGUAUAUUCUUACUUCUUCUGCAUAUAACGGUUGAUAAAGUAUUGGAUAGCAUAUUCCUGUAUUUACACGUCGAAACAACACGCUUCCUACACUCUCACUUUUGGACAGCCUGUUGUCUCUGUCAGGUAUCCAGCAAACAUUAAAUCGUACAACUUGCAAAAGUCGUAUAUAAAGUGGGAUCAAAUCACAAUAGUAUAUUUAAAACCGUAUAAAAUGCGAAAAACCCGAUUCUAUUCAUCACGGCUGAUGUAGUCGUAAUUCGGUAUAACAAGCAUAGGUGAAUUUAUGAUAUGUACUAUCGUAAAAUUGAACUAGUCGACAUUACAUAUGCAUAUCAGGCUGAUAAAGUUCGUUAGUCGCAUAAACGUAUAAUUUAAAUGAAUGUAUUACUGAGAAAAAAAAUCGUAUUACAUGCUGCGGAAAAUCAUUCAACGGUAGAUCAUAUUAGAUCGUAAAUGAGGGCAUAUUACUGUAGCGUACCGCAUACUUACCGGUGUUCCUAAUGCGCUCGGUAAAAUGAGCAAUCCCAUAAGCCGUUAUACGAAUUAACGAUGAAAUGUAUCGGAAGAUAAAUAAUAAAUUAGGGUCAUAACUAUUAGUGAUCUGGAAGCCAACACACGUAUAUUUAUUCUAUAAAUCUAUAUCAAACUCCGAAGUAUACCGUGAAGUGUGAAAACAUAAAAACUGGCGACGAGGAAAAGUGUCUCUCAUACGGAAUAAUCCCUGUAGCAAGGAAAUUUCAGAGUGAGCUGAAAAUCUUCCCCGCUCCCACCGAUUUGGCCAUUUUACAUUCUGCCGUGGGACCAUUGUUCGAAAUCGCAAUAAUUGUCAUCAUUCGCGAGAAUUGGCUACUCACAACACUGAGAUACCAUUUGACAAAUGAUCAGCGGAGAGUGUGUUACCAUUCGUGUGAGCAGAGAACAUCAGAGCGUGAGCUAGUGUUGGGAGAAACGGGAGAAACGUCAGGCUGGAGAAAAUAUUUCUCGCUGUGACUGAGUGAGUUGUGAGAAAGGCUUCACUGGCUGUGUCUCACUCACCAAUGUAAACAACAACAGUUAGUGGAUAAGUGCAACUGUUUGGGUUCUAAUAUCGAUAAAACAAAAAGAGUGUAUCAAGACGACGAUCAUGACACACCGAAAUCAAUUAAAACUGGCUCAUUCUCAGGUCCGAAGCUCGUUAGUGCUACUUCCGGAAGUCAAUCCGAGGAAACGCCGUCGGACAGAGUCAGGAGAUUUUCACGGCUAUACGGUAUCCGAGGCCGAAGAGGAGCCUUUCCUGGGUUUCCCAGAGGUGAUGAAUGAUCUGAACACAACCAGAACGAAACAACAGGAAACGAGCGAUAGCCUGAUCAUGACCAGGAGUCGCGCUCGAAAAGUUCGACGUAAAUUUGAGCAUUCUGAGUUUGAUGAUAAACAAGCGCGCAGCGCGUUCGAUUCUCAGUGAAUUUUGUGUAAAUAAUACAUUCGAAAAUGUAGUUAGUAAAUUUAAAAAGAAAAUUAGUUAAAGCUAUUCUCGGAUUAGAAUUUUGUCAUGUAUAUAGCAAGGUACUUGAGCAGGAAGGACUGUAGCGUACCGCAUACUUACCGGUGUUCCUAAUGCGCUCGGUAAAAUGAGCAAUCCCAUAAGCCGUUAUACGAAUUAACGAUGAAAUGUAUCGGAAGAUAAAUAAUAAAUUAGGGUCAUAACUAUUAGUGAUCUGGAAGCCAACACACGUAUA